AUGCACGGCGCUGACAGCAGCACGAGUCUGACACCGCUUCAUCCACAGACACAGAGACACAGACACAGAGACUCCGCUAUGGGACCGACAGAGGUGCAGCUGACCCCCCCCAGCUCCUCUGUGAGCUCUGAGAACCGUCUGCGUUGGGACCUGACUCCGCAGCAGAUCCUGGACCUGUCCCACAAACUCAUCAGCGACACCAAGAAAGUGUACGACGUUGUGGGAGAGCUCCCCCUGGAGGACGUCAGCUUCGACAACACGCUGAAGGCCCUGGCCGACGUCGAGGUCGAAUACACAGUCCAGAGGAACAUGCUGGACUUCCCGCAGCACGUCUCCUCCUGUAAAGACGUGCGCACCGCCUCCACCGACGCAGACAAACUCCUGUCAGAGUUCGAUGUCGAGAUGAGUAUGAGAGAGGACGUGUACCAGCGCAUCGUGGAGCUGCAGAAGAAGCUGGAGCCAGAGUCUCUGAGCCCAGAGGCCAAACGAUACAUGGAGCGACUGAUCCGACUGGGGAGGAGGAACGGCCUGCACCUCCCCAAGGAGACGCAGGAGGAGAUAAAGAAAAUAAAGAAGCGUCUGAGUAAUCUGUGCAUCGACUUCAACAAGAACCUGAACGAGGACACGACGAGUUUGAGCUUCAGCCGCCAGGAACUGGCGUCUGGGGGGGAUGGAUGCUUCUGCGCCCCGGUGUCACCUCCGCGCGUGGCUCAGCUCGGCUCGGCUCGGCUCCAGCGCUCCUCCAGCUCAUGUUAG